CUCACCCAGCCAGAUCAGGCCUACCUUAAAUUAUUUCAUAAAAGGCAAUGUGAGCGAGCGCUUAGCUCAUUCAUCCAGACUUGUCAGAAUGCUUCGUUUUCUACUUGUGGGACUAUUCGUGGCGGUGUUUGUUUCGAUUCCUUCUGUUAGGACCGAUGAUGAACUGACCGAACAAGAGGUCCUAGAAGCGGUAGAAAGAGCGCUAGAUGGUCAACUCAAGGAUAGAGAAGUCCAGACAACUGAUGCCAGCAAUAUCGAAGAAUUGGUCUGUGAGGGAAAUCAAGAAUGCAUGGAUUGUUUUGCCGUAUGCAACGGUGAUGAGGAAUGUGCAAUAAACUGCGUGCUGCGCAUCGGUCAGGAUGAUGAAGACAAACAAGGAAGUGAAAGAAAGCGAUGGUUCUGGCGACGCAGCAGCAGCAGCAGCAGCAGCAGCAGGAACACAGGCAGAUUCAUUUCCCGUGGGAUUUGGCGUCGUUAUGUGUUCGGGAACUAGAUAUGUCACAGAGCGUGUCUUGUUUUAACAGAAAGGCUAAAAAACAAAGCAUGAUUGAUUAGGAGUUUAAAGCGCAAAAAUUGCUUACUUAUAGUGAGAAUUAGUUGCCUGUCGAAAUUUAAAAUUGGUAUUUAUAGUACCUAUUAUUUAUGGGGCAGAAUUUAGGUUUAUGCCAAAUCAUUCAUUUUUUUAUUUUAAUGCAUUAUUAUGUUCAACUCAUUUGACUUAAAUGAUCAAAACGUAUGCAAUAAUAAUGCAUUAAAAAUAAAAAUAAAAUAAAAAAAUGAAUCUAUAUUUUGUCCUUUAAAGAGAAACGGCACAACACAACGUUGAACAUUCUAUUAGCUACCACGCAUCACCGAUUUUGUGAAAAUUCAUUUUUUUAAAUUAUAUCAACAUACAUUUGUAUAAGAUACGAUUGUGCAGAUUUUGAAAGCGAUUAGUUUAUACAUUUCGUUUUAAUGGAAUGUAUGUAAACGAUAGAAGUGUUACAUCCAGCAUUGCAUAUCACGAGCGCUGGCAUUUUUCCUUUGAUUUAAACUUGAUGAUAUGAGAAUACUCGCAGUUGAAACAUGAAACUCGCGAUGCGCAUGUUUUGAUAAAAUCUACAACAUCGUAUCUUUAGUUAACACCCUCCUGUGUACAUAUGUAACUUUAUAUUCGUAUUUCUUUCUCUUAAUAACCCUGCUCCUGUCAUGUAAAAUAAAUUAUGAAAACUAC